AUGGCAGAUGAAGACCUCAUCUUCCGCUUGGAAGGUGUUGGUGGCAGCCAGGCCUCCGGGGCUGGCCACGAUGGUAAUUCUGAUGCAGACAGCGAUGAUGAGGAAGGUUACUUCAUCUGUCCCAUCACUGAUGACCCCAGAUCUAACCAGAAUGCCAAUUUCAAGGUUAAUAACUACCACCGCAACCUAACAAAAAGUCAGCCGUUUGAGUCCAGUGGGUCUCCAGCGAGUUCCUUCCACUUUAAGGACACCUGGAAACAUGCAAUUGAGAAGGCCAAACACAUGCCCGACCCUUGGGCUGAGUUCCACCUUGAAGAUAUCGCCACAGAAUGUGCCACGCGUCACAGGUACAAUGCUGUCACCGGGGAGUGGCUGCAGGAUGAAGUUCUCAUCAAGAUGGCAUCUCAGCCCUUUGGCCGUGGAGCGAUGAGAGAGUGCUUUAGGACGAAGAAGCUCUCCAACUUCCUACACACCCAGCAGUGGAAGGGGGCCUCCAAUUAUGUGGCAAAGCGCUACAUCGAGUCUGUAGACAGGGAUGUGUACUUUGAGGAUGUGCGUCUACAGAUGGAGGCCAAGCUCUGGGGGGAGGAGUAUAACCGGCACAAGCCCCCCAAGCAGGUGGACAUCAUGCAGAUGUGCAUCCUUGAGCUGAAGGAGAGACCCGGCAAGCCGCUCUUCCACCUGGAGCACUACAUUGAGGGCAAGUACAUUAAGUACAACUCCAACUCGGGCUUCGUCCGUGACGACAACAUCCGGCUGACACCUCAGGCUUUCAGCCACUUCACGUUUGAGCGUUCCGGCCAUCAGCUGAUCGUGGUGGACAUCCAGGGCGUGGGCGACCUCUACACUGACCCGCAGAUUCACACUGAGACAGGCACUGACUUUGGAGACGGCAACCUAGGUGUCCGAGGGAUGGCUCUUUUCUUCUACUCGCAUGCCUGCAACCGGAUUUGCAAGAGCAUGGGACUCGCGCCCUUCGACCUCUCGCCAAAGGAGAGGGACACCGUGAAUCAGAACACCAAGCUGCUGCAAUCAGCCAAGACCAUCUUGAGGGGAACAGAAGAAAAAUGUGGGAGCCCCAGAGUGAGGACUCUCUCCGGGAGCCGCCCGCCCCUGCUCCUUCGCCUUUCUGAGAACUCUGGAGAUGAGAACAUGAGUGACGUGACCUUUGACUCUCUGCCCUCCUCACCGUCUUCAGCCACACCACACAGCCAGAAGCUAGACCACCUCCAUUGGCCGGUAUUCAGUGACCUUGACAACAUGGCACCCAGAGACCAGGACCAUCUGGACAACCAGCGGGACUCUGAGAACAGUGGGGACAGCGGAUACCCCAGUGAGAAACGGGGUGAGCUGGAUGACCCAGAGCCACGUGAACACGGCUACUCAAAUGGUAAUCGGAGGUCCGAGUCUGACGAAGACAGUCUGGGCAGUUCUGGACGGGUUUGUGUGGAGAAAUGGAAUCUCCUCAACUCCUCCCGCCUCCACCUGCCGAGGCCUUCUGCCGUGGCCCUGGAAAUGCAAAGGCUUAAUGAUCUGGACCUUGAAAAGAAAAUCGGGAAGUCCAUUUUGGGGAAGGUCCAUUUGGCCAUGGUGCGGUACCAUGAGGGUAGGCGCUUCUGUGAGAAGGAUGAGGAGUGGGACCGAGAGUCAGCCGUCUUCCACCUGGAGCACGCAGCCGACCUGGGCGAGUUGGAGGCCAUUGUGGGCCUGGGGCUCAUGUAUUCCCAGUUGCCCCACCACAUCCUGGCUGACGUCUCUCUGAAGGAGACAGAAGAGAAUAAAACAAAAGGGUUCGAUUACUUACUGAAGGCAGCUGAAGCAGGCGACAGACAGUCUAUGAUCCUGGUGGCGCGAGCUUUUGACUCUGGUCAGAACCUUAGCCCAGACAGGUCCCAAGACUGGUUAGAGGCCCUGCACUGGUACAACACUGCCCUAGAGACCACAGACUGUGAUGAGGGCGGUGAAUACAACGGGAUGCAGGAUGAUCCCCGGUAUGCACUGCUGGCCCGGGAAGCCGAGAUGCUCUUCACAGGAGGCUGCAGGCUGGAGAAGGACCCACAGCGAUCAGGCGACCUGUACACGGAGGCAGCUGAAGCAGCUAUGGAAGCCAUGAAAGGUCGGCUGGCGAAUCAGUACUACCAGAAAGCUGAGGAGGCCUGGGCUCAGAUGGAGGAGUAA